AUGCAAAAAAUAGACGCCAAAUACAAUCAGUUGGGGGCGAUCCCUGGGACCCUAUUUCGUCUCAAGGAGUUGCGACAAGUCGACUUGUCCUCCAAUUUGAUUAAAAAAAUCCCGCCAACACUCCCCAAAGCCACUGGAUUGCUCGAUUUUGAUUUAAGGGAAAAUAAAAUCAGAGCUCUUCCUGCAGCCAUCAACAAAGCCAAAUCCAUCCUUCGCUUUGACGUCUCGAAUAACAUUAUCAAGACAUUCCGUAAACAAGCAUAUGAACUAACGGGGUCACUUGACAUUUCACGGAAUCGUCUCAACGGACUUCCUCCAAUCGGAGCAAAGCAAAAGGCGACGUUGAAAAAACUGGAUGCUUCAUACAACACCAUUUCUAAACUUCCUCAGACGAUUGACCGGGUCUCCUUUCUACGUCGACUGGACCUCUCCAACAACAACAUCACCCAUGUCCCCGAAUCCUUUGGAAAUCUGCGUUAUUUGAACUAUUUAGACAUGUCAAAUAACGACAUUGAAGAGAUUCCGAAUUCAAUUUGUCAGCUGAAAUAUAACCUUGUUGAAUUAUACUUGUCUAACAACAAAAUUUCAAAAUUCCCCAAAGAUAUCGACGAAUACAAAAAAUUACGAGUCCUUGAUUUGUCAGCAAAUCAACUGGUCAAAAUACCUCGGAAAUUUGCCAUGAACCAGUCAAUAAAACACGUGAAUCUCUCAAAAAACCAACUGGAGGACAUUUCCCCAGUCACUGAUUCUCUCUUAAUCCACUUUCUGGACAUUUCAGAGAACUGCAUCCCGGAAAUACCCGAAACAAUCAAAAACCUGGUUUACCUGGAAACACUGCUGGCCUCGCACAACCAAAUAAGCCCAGAUGAGCUACAACAACUCAGUCGGCUUAACAAACUGAAUAUCGCCCACAACCAGAUUGAGGCACUACCCGAAAACCUGGGACAUCUUCAACUGAUAAAUUAUCUGGACAUUAGCAAUAAUCCAAUCACCAGACUCUCCGAAAAUAUUUUUAACGUUGGAGGACUGUUUCUAGUUUAGAUCAAGUCCCUCGAAUACUUUUAUCUCAACAACCUUGAAUUACAAGUCAUUCCAAAGUCGAUUCAGUCAUUUUCCAAUUUGAGGGAUUUUCAUUUGUGCAAUAACAAAGUGGAAACGUGCCACAUUCCACAAAAUGUCAAAAGUCUAAAAAUAUCACACAACCCAUUAAAGUGAACUUGGACAGUCAAAUUUCCAGGUCUGUC